AUGCCGAUCGAAAUCGCUGCUUCUUCUUCAUCGAUCGAAAUUUCUACUUCUCCUUCUUCGUUAGAAAUCAUUGUUGAAUUCAGCAAAAAGGAUGAUGUUCUGUGUUCUUUGUUAUUGUCUAGAAUAUUCAAGGUUGAAGUUGUAAUUCCUUUGAUUGCUACAAAGAAUAUAAAGAAUGCCAUUGACUCUCAUUUAAGAUCUCCAACAAGGAAGUUUGAGUUUCUUUUACUAUUGGAGAAUUUGUGUGAUAAGUAUAAGUCUUCACUAGAUUAUGAUCGUAAUAUGGUAAGAAAUGUGUGGGAGAGAACAUGUUUGGAUCGGUAUCUUGAUCAUUUAAAAAAUGCAAUACAAAUAGCUUUACCAGAAGUGAGCUCAACGAAUUUGGUUGACACUAAGGGCUAUGGUCCCCAAAGGAAUUUGCAACCAGAGUGGAAGAAGAAAUCUGAUGCAAAUCGUUUAAACAGGGCUGCCUUACCAGAUGUUGUGUUGCAUACAAGAGGUUCUAUAAACUUAGGUGAACAUAAGAAAAGGAUGUAUUCUGAUGAAUUCCGGAAGUCAAAGGGUUUCAUCUUGGUUACUUCGGAUGUAUAUGCACGUGGAGUUGAUUAUCCAGAUGUUACUCUUGUUGUACAAGUUGGUCUACCGGCUGAUAGAGAACAAUAUAUACAUCGACUAGGUAGAACGGGGCGAAGAGGAAAAGAAGGGCAGGGCAUACUGCUACUAGCUCCUUGGGAAGAGUUCUUUUUAGCUACUGCAAAAGAUUUACCUAUUGGGAAAGCUCCGGUCCCUUCAGUUGAUCCUGACACUAAGAAAAAGGUGGAAAGGGCUCUAUCCAAUAUGGAGAUGAAAAAUAAAGAAGCAGCAUAUCAGGCAUGGCUUGGUUACUACAACUCUAACAAGAAAGCGGGGAAAGAUAAGUAUAGGUUAGUGGAGCUUGCAAAUGAGUUCAGUCGAUGCAUGGGGCUUGAUAGCCCUCCAGCUAUUCCUAAGCUUGUCCUUGGCAAGAUGGGUCUUAAAAAUAUCCCUGGUUUACGUUCCAAAUAGGUUUCCAUUCAAUUUCUGAUAACAGUCUUGUGAAAGAGAGAAAUGUUCUUGAAUUGAAAUGCCCCCACUUAUAGUUUGAUUUUAAGACUUGAAACUUCUAAAUUUCAACUAUCAUAGUAAUUUUUUCUGUA